CCACAAAAUGGGUUUGUGUGGCGGAGCGUGCCGUCAGUGGCGUAACAACAUUUCUCAACUUUUAUCAAAUUAAACCGCUCCAAAACUCCUCGUUUUUCUUUCACCACCGGUGACUUUAUGCGGAAAAAUGUCGGUACCGUAAGACUUUUCUCCACCGUGUACUUAUCGCGUUUAUGACCCAAAUAAACCAAAUACGAUUCAUCAUUAAAAAAUCAUUUAGUCCGAAAAGACGUGAUCGUCUUAUUAAAUGUAUGCCCUUGGGAGGGCUUGAAACCGGCGGCACGCCCAUGGAAUUCACCCCACAUGACGCGAGGCAUAUGCAGCUGUUUGAUAAGUACGUCCCCCAUGCUGCCGUUACGCUGCAAGCUCUUUAACAACCACCAGGCGACCAGUCAUCACCGGGCCGUGCCCCAAACGACUACAAAUGACGGUUGCGAGCGCAUUUCGACUUUAAAAUGGCCACGCGAACCCUUCCGAAAAACUUCUACUCGAACCCGGCCUUCAGCCAACAAAGUGAAUUUUACAACGGAAAACCGCUCUCCCAAAUCGUCCAAAACGUGCGCCAGUCGCCCGUCGGGGCGCAAACCCAGCCCCAGUACCGCGAAAACGAAGAAUACUACGAUGAAGAAUUCUACGAAGAAAUGAUCGUCGACGAUGCUGGAAUCAUCAAGCAGAAGAAAGUCCUAGUCGUAUCCUCGCCCACCAAGGACCAAAAGUCCCGGUACGAGUACAUCCCCAUGCAGGAGCAAAACCGCUACAUCAUCUGCCAAAAACAACCGCCGCAAGUGCACUACGCCGAAGAGUUCGUCCAAGGCAGGCCCAACCACCGCUACGAGUACAUCCCGGAGGAGUCCCCGCCAAAAUCCGUUACCCGGAACCGUUACGAAUACAUCCAGUUCGAACCGCCAAGUCCCCGGAAACCCUCCAACCCCAUCGCGACCCAAAAGCUCCACGAGCUCCUCUCAACCCCCAAAAAGCCCCCCGUAAUGUCCCCCCAAGCCCACCGAAGAGUCCCUCCAUCCCCCCAGCGGGACCCCUUCAUAACGCCGCGCAAAAGCCAAACCCGCCAAAAACUAAACUACGCCCUCGACACGCGCCAAGCGCAGGACAAGCGCCACACGGCCAUCGUGGCCCCCAUGUGCUCCAGCCCCAUCCAGAGCGUCUACAGCGAGACCACGUUCUCCAAAACCGACUCUUGGAUGAACUUAGGGCCGAGGAAACCGACCCAAGUGACGCUGGCCGUGGCCGCGGUGAUGAUGAUGCUCUGCGGGGGGGUCACCUCGGGGCUGUGCUUCUACAUGGUGUCCAUCAUGGGCCGGCUGUAUUUCCUGGAUUUCGGGAUUGUGGCAGGGUUCACUUGUCUGGUGUUGGGGUUUUUGGGGUUCCGGACGCGGAAUUGUUACUGGCUGCCCAACCGGAAUUACAUUUCCGGGUAUAUCGUUUUGAGUGUGUUUAGUCUUCUGAUGUGUGCCGGGCUUCUGGUGCUGCUUGUGCUGCAGCCCAAGCCCGGCACGCCUCUCGCGGAUAUGACUUCCGGUGCCGUUUGCGGGAUUUCCGUUUUGUCUCUAGUGUUGGCAUCUGCAGGAGUCAUGACGAGUUAUUGUUGCAAAUAUCCGCCACCUGACAACAGGGUGGAGCACAGCGUCCCAGGAUUCACGGUUUAAAACCACUUAUUUAUUUUAUAGUAAUAUAAUUAUUAUGGUUUAUAUUAUUUAAUGACUGGAAAUUGUAAAUAUUAUUUAUUGUAGGUAUUGAUUGUUUUUAUCUAAUAAACGGUUUUAUAACAA